CAGGCACGCGCUAUAACCGGAAGCACCAAGCGAUUGAGAUUGAGAAACAGCGAGAAAUCAUCGCCUGACGGUUGCGUUCGUAUAUUUGUCUUGCGCUUCCACCGAUCUCCAUAUCUCACGUGAAUAACAUCCAUGCCCUUUCCUUAACUCGCCGUCGAGUGUGCGUGUUUUAGACCAAAACAGCAGAGCUGACAGUGAAAGUCAGUGCGCAAACGGGCUUUUUGAAGGUGCGUUGAAGCUUCGCAGCAGAACAAAUGUAAACAAGCAGCACUUCAGCAGUGCGGCCGAAGACACGAGAGGAAACGGCAGCGAUGACAGCGACCCACAGACUUUGACAAACUUAUUUUGCAUCACAUAAAGCAUAUUUUGCGAUUUAUUUGCACGCUGUGUAAGUUAGUUUAUUAGAUGUUAAUGCAGUAGACGAGGACACCUCCCAACCCGCUUGCCUUCUCCAGUGCGGGCAGCAACAGAUACCGAAGAAGAGUGAUUUAUUUUCCAUUGCUUAUAAAAGGUAGUAAAAAAGACUGAUCGUUGUUGCUUCUGUUCAAGGACUGAAUUUUUGCACGUCUGACAGAAAAACGAGAGAAGGUUCAAGAAACAACAAACGGAAUAGAAGGCUUAACGGUCCCUUCUGGGCCCCAAGGAAUAAAUAAAUACCAACUAAUUUACGGAUUAAUAUUUACAUGAAGCUGGAAGUGUAACGCAUUCAAGUAACGCAUUUCCUGGGGAGUUGUGCAGCAAGGCUGAAGCAUCAGGACUGUCAUGGCCCACCAGCAGAUGCCGAGCUCUCAGAAGGCUUUGAUGCUGGAGUUGAAGUCUCUACAGGAGGAGCCUGUGGAAGGUUUUCGUAUCACCCUGGUGGAGGAGUCUGACCUCUACAACUGGGAGGUGGCCAUCUUUGGCCCCCCAAACACACUGUAUGAAGGGGGCUACUUCAAGGCCCAUAUAAAAUUUCCUAUCGACUACCCAUACUCUCCUCCGACUUUCAGAUUCCUUACCAAGAUGUGGCACCCAAACAUUUAUGAGAAUGGCGAUGUGUGUAUUUCCAUUCUUCACCCUCCUGUGGAUGAUCCCCAAAGUGGAGAACUGCCCUCAGAGCGAUGGAACCCCACACAAAAUGUUAGAACAAUCCUGUUGAGCGUCAUCUCGCUGCUAAAUGAACCCAACACCUUUUCUCCUGCAAAUGUGGACGCCUCAGUCAUGUUUCGCAAGUGGAGGGACAGCAAAGGAAAAGACAAAGAAUAUGCCGAAAUUAUAAGGAAGCAGGUGAUAUCAACCAAAGCAGAUGCUGAGCGAGAUGGAGUUAAAGUGCCAACGACGCUUGCCGAGUAUUGCAUCCAGACCAAAGUGCCUUCUCAUGACAGCAGCACUGACCUGCUCUACGAUGACCUGUACAACGACGACAUCGAAGAGGACGACGAUGAUGAUGACGAGGCCGAAGCCGGCGGGAUGUGCGGAGACAUGGCUGGGUACUGUUUUGCCGACGAGGACGACUCUGGCAACGAGGAGUCUUGACCUCAUUCCA